UUGGUUAGCCUUCAUCAAUUGGUUUUGUGAUUGUAGGUAUCACAACAGGAUUUGGAAGACACAUAUCAGCCACCUUUUCGUGGUUGUAUCCAGCAAGGGAAAGCAAGCUGCUUGAUGUGUUCCUACAAUGCGGUGAACGAUGUCCCUGCUUGUGCUAGUGAGGAACUCUUGGGACUGGCUAGAGACAAGUGGGGGUUCAAAGGGUACAUCACUUCAGACUGUGAUGCUGUGGCCACGGUUUAUGAGUCUCAGAAAUACGUUAAUUCCAGUGAGGAUGCUGUUGCUGAUGUUCUCAAAGCAGGUAUGGAUAUUGAUUGUGGAACGUUUAUGCUUAGACAUACUGAACAUGCUAUUGAACAAGGUAAAAUUAAAGAGGAAGAUAUAGACAGAGCUCUUCUUAACCUUUUUUCUGUUCAACUGCGCCUUGGACUGUUUGAUGGAGACCCUAUAAGAGGCCAGUUUGGAAAAUUGGGAUCAAAGGAUGUUUGUAGCCUAGAACACAAAACACUGGCGCUUGAAGCUGCAAGGCAGGGAAUUGUACUGCUGAAGAAUGACAGGAAGUUUCUUCCCUUGAAUAGGGAUAUUGGUGCCUCCUUGGCUGUCAUUGGUCCAAUGGCAACUACAACCAAACUUGGUGGUGGCUACUCAGGAAUUCCUUGCUCCUUAACAAGCUUAUACGGAGGACUUGGAGAGUUUGCAGAGAGGAUAUCAUUUUCUUUUGGUUGCCAUGAUGUAUCGUGUGAAUCUGAUAAUGGUUUUGGUGAGGCUCUUGACACUGCAAAAAAAGCUGAUUUUGUUGUUGUAGUUGUCGGACUUGAUGCAACGCAAGAGACAGAGGAUCAUGAUCGAGUUAGUCUUCUCUUGCCUGGAAAACAGAUGGACCUUGUAUCCUAUGUAGCUGAUGCUAGUAAAAAUCCAGUCAUUCUAGUUCUUAUUGGGGGAGGACCUCUUGAUGUCUCUUUUGCUGAAGAAAAUAAUAAAAUUGGAAGUAUUCUUUGGGUUGGGUACCCUGGUGAAGCUGGCGGAAAAGCCCUAGCUGAAAUAAUCUUUGGGGAGUUUAAUCCAGUGGGAAGACUACCAAUGACUUGGUACCCUGAGGCAUUUACUAAUGUUCCCAUGAAUGACAUGAACAUGCGAGCUGAUACUUCACGUGGUUAUCCAGGAAGGACCUACCGCUUUUAUACUGGAAGUAGAGUAUAUGGAUUUGGCCAUGGUUUAAGUUACAGCCAUUUUUCCUACAAUUUCUUAUCAGCCCCAAGUAAAAUUAGUCUGUCAAGAAUAAUCAAAGAUGGUUCUAGAAAAAGAUUGCUAUAUCAGGCACGGAAAGAAGUUUAUGGAGCUGAUUAUGUUCCAAUUAAUGAGUUGCAAAAUUGCAAUUCAUUGAGUUUCUCAGUGGAUAUUUCUGUGACGAACCUUGGUGAUUUGGAUGGAAGUCAUGUUGUAAUGUUAUUUUCUAAAGGGCCGAAAGUUGUAGAUGGUUCUCCAGAAACCCAGUUGGUUGGGUUUAGCAGUCUGCAUACUGUUGCUAACAAAUCUACUGACACAAGCAUUUUGGUUCAUCCUUGUGAACACUUGAGCUUUGCAGAUGAGCAAGGAAGAAGGAUUUUGCCAAUGGGCCACCACACCUUGAGUGUAGGGGAUGUGGAGCACAUUGUUUCAAUUCAAAUUUAUUGAGUGCUUGUAAAAUGCUAAAUGUGUAACUUAAUGAAAAUUUUAAACAGAUAUGAUAAAUUUCAAAUAAUGUUCGUCGAGAA